GUCCCGCAGCCGAGUGCAGCCAGGCGCGCGCCGCCGCCCACUCGCUCUGUGCCCGCUACAGCCCGAAAGUGACCCGGGCUGGGAGCUGAGGGGACAACGGGGAUCGUGAGUUCUUAACCCGGGCGAGCGGGCGUGUCCACAGCCGAAGGACUACCUGGAGGACAUGGAGGAAAGACCCUCAGAGACCAACUCCAAUGUUGACAGCUCAGCGCAGCCUUCGGUGGCCCAGCUGGCUGGGCUGUUUCGGGAGCAAGCAGCUGUGGCCAGGGAGACACCAGCCAGUAAGCCAACAAGAAGGAAACCGCCCUGCUCCCUCCCCCUGUUCCCCCCCAAGGUAGAGCUGGGCCAGAACGGUGAGGAGAAAUCACCAUCCAACACCAGUCACCCACCUAAAAUCAAGGUGAAGAGCUCGCCUCUGAUUGAGAAGCUUCAGGCCAACUUAGCCUUUGACCCGGCAGCUCUCCUGCCUGGGGCUUCACCCAAAAGUCCUGGACUCAAGGCCAUUGUGUCACCAUUUCACAGUCCCCCUUCCACACCCAGUAGCCCUGGUAUCCGAUCUCACUCAGGCGAGGCAGAAGAGGUGCCUGUGAGUUUUGACCAGCCUCCGGAAGGAACUCACCUGCCCUCUUAUAAUAAGGUGCGGACUAGAGGCUCAAUAAAAAGACGUCCCCCCUCAAGACGAUUCCGAAGGUCUCAGUCGGACUGUGGGGACCUUAGAGAUUACAGGGGUGUGGAGCCAUCUCAGGAAAACGGUGCCAGGGAAGAAAAUGGGGACGAUGUGUUUCCUAACAAGAGCAAGGACCCCGGGUCUCCCCAACCCAACCAGGAGGCCAUGGGAGACGGUGUAGAGGGAACCCCGCGGUCUGCAGAAAAGCCACGGGAAAGGAACACGUACAACAGCAUAGGGAAGCCAGAGGAGCUUGUCGGGACCUCAGAGGAGGCAAAAGCUGGAGAGAAGGCUGGACAGAAUCCAGAUACAGCUAGUCAGGGCCAUCCAGAGGUCCAGGAGCCAUUGCAAACCAGCAGCCCAGAGGCUGAGAGUGGGUGUGGAAGCCCACGGGAAGACACCACCCCCGGAGAGCAUACAGACACUGGGAAGGCCACUGAAGGGAUGGCCUCUGAGGAGAGGGUAGAUGAUGAAGAAGACAGGCUCGGACAGAAAAGCCCAGAUGCAAAUAUACCCGAGGAGGGAGAGGUCAGGGAGAAAGCUCCCCAAACUUCUUCUGGAAAAGCAGAAGGUACCACUGUCCCGGAGCUGGAUACAAAGCAAAAGGAGGAGGCGCCUCUGGAGCCAAGCUGCAGCCCAGGGGCUGACCAUGCUGCAGAAGAGACCACCAACGAGAUCCAGAAUGAGAAAGCAGUCUCCACGGACGACAUCCCCGUCGAGGAUACCCGAAUGUGAUGAAGAGCUCAGGGUACCAGUGAUGGGACCACUGGAGAAAUCACCUUGGAAACAGCAGCAGUAAUAGCAGCAGUAGCAGUUCAUGAAGCCACUGCAGAAACAGAAUACACUGAGCAUCUGGAGACAGCCCAGGAUGCAGGGUGGAUUAUUCCCUGUAGGCAACACCAACUAUUGCCUCAUUAGAGAUGAGAGCUGAGGACAGUAGAGUUUUAUCAACUUGAGUUUGUGUCAUUUGAUGCACUGACUCAAAGUUAAAUAUACUUAAAGUAAUUUGUGUCUACUCUACAGCCAUACUGGCCUUCCUGUUGACCCCCACGUCUUCCCGCAGCCGACCUCCCAACCUGGCUCUUGUUGAACUUGUGUAACAAGUUACGGCCUUUCCCUAUUGUUCUAAUGUUUUUAAUGGUUCUCAGAUGUAACUUAAAACUAAUUUUAGGUAGAUAAAGAGGAUAGUCUUGUGGAGAAUAAAAUCUUCUUAAGUUACAGAGACCUGAAAACAUAUCAAAGCCCUCACAACGAUCUUUCAACUUGCUCCAAAUGGGAAACAGCCACCAGUUUCAAAAACUCAAAGAGAUAUUUAUUAAAACAUUUAAAAACUUG